CUUCGCAUGUCAGUAAUUACAAGAAAACAAGAAAAGUAUUAACUAUUAAUAAAUGAAUGAUACUUUUUUAUACUUAUAACUCUUUUUUUUAAUUAGAAAUUAUAUAUUAUUACUUUCGAAUGCGAAACACAUUUGAAUUUGUCAAAUGUCUCAUGUCUGUGUGUGUUUACCUCCGAGUAAGACAGACACACAACUAUACUAACAUGCAUAAUGCUGCGUUAGUCCACACACACACACACGCACAUACAACAAUUCAUACAAACAGACACACACACAUUUUUUUACCGUAUACAUGUGAAUAUCAUGAAUACAAAUCCAUACUAACUUUUACAUGAUAUUUCCCGCUGAUGUAACAGACUGGUAGAACAACUAAAUGAGGAUAAGAGCAGAUAUAAUUUGUCAAUUUUGGUUUUUACUAAAUCUCUAUUCACCAUAAUUAUAAAAAUACUAUCACCAAAACGGAUUAUUAAUAAUUUUAAUGGAAUAAUCUUGUGAAAAAUGAGCGGAAAUUAUUGUGUAUUUACAGUGCAUAUAUAUAUAUAUAUAUAUAUAUAUAUAUAUAUAUAUAUGUGGAAAUAAAAUUUGAAUGCUUUAAUAAAUAAAUGAAGAAAUAAACAAAGAAUUGGCGGAAAUACAAAAAAAUCGUGUUUAAUUUGUAAUUUUACCUAAAAAUAGCAAUAAUUAAUAAAAAAAACAAAGACGUAAGCUUGGAUAAUUCACUAAACAAAAUACAAAAAAACACAACAAAAAAUAAAAUGAGGGUGGUGCGAAGGUUAGUGUAAACACACGGGAACAAAAAUGAGAGUCAAUGAAUUGGUAUAUUCACAGAUUGAAUAACAAAUGUUCACAUUAAAUGUUCAACAAGACUUAAAAUGGAUAAAAGAGUAAAUAAUCCAACUGAAGGGGAAAAGUCAGACUUGAACACUUCAAACCAAUCAAUACCACAUGUAGACUCUCCACAUGAUUUAAGUUAUCACUUACAAAGAUUUAAGCGUUAUUCACACAUUCUAAAGAAUGAAUCCAGUUCAGAUAGGGAUAGUUUAGAAAUAUUCCGCUCCGUUGAUUCAUCGAAAUUUUUAGAGAAUGUAGGCAAUAUUAAACCAUCUGUGAGUAGUAGUUGGAUGACUGUAAACUCCAGUCUUGAACAUGUUGAUACUACACAACAAGAAGAAAAUAAAAGUGAUCGAAAUCAAAAUAUUCAUAGUAAUAAUGGUAAUAAUAAUAAUAAUAGCAGAAAAACUACUGAGCGAAAUGAAACAUUCUGUAAACUUAAUGAAGACUCACCUACUUCUUCACUACAGUACUACAGUUGUGAUGCACUCCAGUUUGGUGAACAAACAACAGCUGGUAAUAUGAAUAAGACAGAUACAGGAAACUUUGAAUAUCUUUCAAAAUCAGACAGUAGUGUUCCAAUGAAUCAAACUUCAAGAAAUAAUCGACAACAAAGUCUACAGCUGGAUAGAUCAGGUCAUCCAGAGGGUGAUAGACGUCGAUAUGAAAUUCGUAAACAUUCAAGAUCAUUUCUUAUAUCUAAUAAUCAUCUUAGACGAACAAAUUUUUUAAAGUAUAAAAAUAGUUUUAGAUACAAUAAUAAUAAGAGUAGUAGUAAUAAUAAUAAUAAUCGAAAUAAAAGCAACAUUGAAGCUGUAGAGUUAACUGAUAAAACUCCGUGUACCCUGAAACGUACUGCAACUGAGCAUAUAUCAAAUAGGCGUAAAGAUGAGACUUUAAUUAAUCUAUCAGAUAAUACAGGCUCUUCAAUCAUCUGUUCACCAAAUGAUAGUAUAAUCAUUCCAGAUAAUGCAGUUAUUAUACGACGUAAAUCAAUCAUUCGAUGUCUACUCCCAAGACAACACAGUGAUCCGUCUAAGGCAGAUUUACCACCUCAACAACAUCAACAAUCACAACAUCAACAACAACAACAGCAACAAUCUCAUUAUUCAGAUUCUGAUGGAAAAGAUCAACUUUUUACUACACAAAACAUUAAUACGCAUGAUCUUGGUUCCAGAUUAAAUGAAUAUAGAUUAAGUGAAAAUUUGAAAUCCUCUUUUGAAAAAGAAGAUGAUACGAAAGCUGAGAAUUUACUUGAGCGUGAAGCACAUAUUGGUGCGCUGGCAUUGGCUUGGGCAUCAGGUACUCAUAAAUCAAGGAAAUCUUUAUAUGAUAAACAUUCAACAAGGAGAAAAAUGUCUGAAUCUUCACAACGAAAAAUAAGACGAUAUAAUAAUAAUAGCGCUAGUAAUAAAUCAACUCAUAUCAGUGCAGAUAAUAGUUAUACUGCUAGAACGGAUCUAUCUACAUUGAAAGAACUCAGUGCAUCAAUUUUCUCACCACCUAAGAUAAGUCCAUUACUCAGUUACACUCAUCAUCGGCAUUCUAAGCAUCGAAAAGAUAGUCAACAAACCAGUAUGAUGGAUCGGCCUUUAAAUGAAAAUGAUCUCAUACAAAGUAAUACAAGUGUAAAAUUCAGUCAUAAAAUUAGCAAAACUAAAGCCGGUUCCAUACAUCAACAGUCGUUGAAGACAAUUAUCAGUGAUACAGCAAAAGUAGCAAUCUCUCCAAUUAUCUGUUCCAGUGGUGAAAAUGAUAAUAAUGAUAAUAAUAAUAAGGACCAUUUCAAUGAAUUGGUGAAAAACAAAGCCUAUUAUAAUUCAACCGAUUCAAUGCCCGAAAGAUGUUUACAACAUUCAGGGAAGCAUAAUGAUAAACGAUUUGUUAGUUUAAAUCAAUUAGAACAGUCAGAUCAUGAUGAUUAUGAAGGUCAAACGAUGUUGUCCAACGAGUCCUACUCUAUCCGAGAACAACAGCAGACAAAGUCACGCGAGUCACAACAAUUACAAAGUAAGAAGUCUUCCUUACAGUCAGAAGUCGUUUGUGAUACUGAUGAUUUACCUGAAGAUGAGGAUUAUGAAGAUGACGAUGAUGCAGGAAGCACUCGACCAAUAGGUAUUCGUGCUAAAAUUCGUCGUAAUGCAGAAGAAUUACGUCCGUUAUACGGAACUGGUGGUCCCCUUGGAUCUGUACAACCACAAAUGAGUUAUAAAUCACAGAAUCGUGGAAUUGGUUGGCGAUUACAUUGGCGUAAAAUAUUCAAUGAAAGACGAAGAAAACUUGCUGAUUAUUCAUUAUUUUUUGCUGUAAUGGGUAUUCUACUUAUGGUGCUUGAAUUGGAAUUGAUUAUGGCUAAAGUUUAUUUAAAAACGUCUAUUUAUUCUAUGCUAAUGAAGUCAUUAAUUAGUGCGUCGACAAUGAUACUAGUCGGUCUCACUCUGGUUUAUCAUGCAGUCGAUACUCAACUCUUCUGUAUAAAUAAUUGUAUUGAAGAUUGGAGGAUAGCAAUGAAUUGUAGAAAAGUCUCUUUAACACUUAUUGAAGUAUUCAUUUGUCUUGUACAUCCACCACCAAUUCUAUCCAAUUACAAUAUUUAUGCUUACACCAGUCCAUAUCAUCCUUCAUCAACUAUAUGGAGUUUUCGCCAAGCUGAUGAUAUCCUCGUCGAUAAUCCUUAUCCAUCGAUUUCGUAUCAUCAUAGUAGACCAAUGACAACACAUAUGUAUAAUACAUUAUCACCCUCAUCCCCAUCAUCAUCAUCAUCGUCAUGGGAUAAUUCCACUUAUCAAAUCAAUAAUUUACCUUUUCCUACUGUAUCUAAUCCAUUACAAUAUCAUGAUGACGGCCUUAUUCAAAGGGAUAAACCUGUUCCAAUGGUUAUCUUAGAGAUGACGCUAUCAGUUCCAAUGUUUUUACGCUUAUAUUUAAUAUUUCGUGUACUACUAUUACAUUCAACAAUGUUUACUGAUGCUGGUUCACGUAGUAUUGGUGCAUUGAAUCGUGUUAAAAUUAAUGUGAGAUUUGUAUUAAAAACACUGGCUACAGUAUGUCCCGGUACUAUGCUAUUAAUAUUUAUUUUAUCUAUGUGGAUUGUAACCAGUUGGAUUAUGCGAGUUUGUGAAAGAGAACAAAAUAAAGAAUAUGAAAAACUGUUAAAUUCAAUGUGGUUAAUCGCUGUUACAUUUUUAAGUAUCGGUUAUGGUGAUAUGGUGCCGAAUACAAAUUGUGGUCGAGCAAUAUCUGUAUUGGCUGGUGUCAUGGGUUCCGCGUGUACAGCUCUUGUUGUCGCUGUUGUAGCACGUAAAUUAGAAUUGACAAGAGCUGAGAAACAUGUACACAAUUUUAUGCAAGAUAAUAAAUUUUAUAAAAAUCUAAGACAUUCAGCUGCAAAUGUUCUACGUGAGACUUGGUUAUUUUAUAAGUAUACCAGACUUGUGAAACGUGUUAAACCCGGCAGAGUAAGAAGACAUCAAAGAAAAUUUCUAACAGCUAUAAGUCGGUUAAGAAAGGCGAAAGAUAAUCAAAGGAAAUUGAAAGAAGACGCCAGUUCAAUGGUAGAUUUAGCUAAACUACAAACAAGUAUUUAUGACACUGUGAAUUACAUUCGAGCUGAUCAAACCAUUUUUGUACAACGUCUGUUAGCAGUUGAAAAGUGUAUGGCAUCAAUACAGGUAAAAUCUUGGAAUAACUUCUUCUCUGUAUGCGUUUGUUUUGUUUGUUUUUUAUGUAAAAAAACUGAUUCUUACAGCCAUAUUUGUCAGUUAUGUUUUAAACAUAACAUACAAACCCAUAGAUUACCGGUUGCAGACGUGCCACAAUAUAAUGUCCCGUGGGAAAUGUGAUCCUCACUUUCUUACGGUAAGUUAGGCCACCCCGACAAACACUAUCUGAGAUAAUCAAAUCGAUAAAUAGUAUUCUUAAAUUGAUUAGGAGUUAUUCGAUUCUAAACCAGUGAUUGGCUAGGAAAUGUGGUUAAAAAGUAGUCUGAAGUUUUAAAGUUCCAUAGAUGUUCACUGAUGAAGAGUUGAGCACUAAGACGAAACAGCUUUCUAUUGCACGUUAGCUUUCAGUAGUUAUGUUGAAAGAGUAAUCAACUGUCAAAACUGAAAACGUUGUCCAGAAGGACAAUGAAAGCUUAUAAAUCAAACUGUUCACCACAAAGAGCAUAGCUACACCGAAAACAAUCACCUGAGUUAUAAAUCUUCUACAUUAUUCUCAAAAGAUUAAAGUGUCAUAUAUAACUUGGUCACAUUAAACAAUACACUAAAUAUCUACCAGUGAUUAGAUGAUCAAGUAUAUAGAUCAAAACAGUAAAUAUGAAUCAAUCAAUGUAUAAAAGACGACAUAUUAACCAAUUAUGAAGUGCGUAUUCUAACCCAGUGGGAGAAAUAAUCGUCCAGUUUUCGUAAAUUAGUUUAGAGUUCAUUAUUGCCUAUUCACAUGUUGGUGGAGCGGCACAGCUUCUCUUUUUUUUGUACUUUUACAUUUUCUUGGUUAUAAAGGUUAAUUUAGGGAUGACAAAUAAUGUGCCACUAAAUUUAUACUAAAACAUUAAAGUUUUGCGAGAAUGUCUGUCUCACGCUGGACCUUCCAUCUUUUUGGGCUCACUAUGGACUAAGCGCUACUUAGGGUUGCAUUGACUGGAAUCGAACCCGGACCUCCCUCGUGGCUGAUGACCAAUCAACCAAUGAAUCCUCUCACGAGUACAUACAGUCCAACAAUUACACAUUGGGGGGGGGGGGGGGGUGAGAAACAAAAUCCUGUAACGUCGUUCACUUCCUAUCCAUUAGCUGACUACCAAAGUGUUCGAAUUAGUUC